AUGCCGAAUCUAAACAUUCCUGAAUCUUUUAAUAAAACAAAGGCCGUGAUUAAAGAUUUAGGCCUUGAUUAUAAAAAGAUUCAUGCAUGUCCAAAUGACUGCAUGCUAUAUUGGAAGGAGCAUGAGAAUGACACUUUUUGUGAGAAGUGUAAAGUUUCAAGAUGGAAGGAAUUUGGUGAAGCACAUGGUGAGUUAGAGCAACAAAAGAAUGAGCAGAAAGUGCCUGCAAAAAUUUUAAGACACUUUCCAUUGAUCCCCAGACUUCAAAGGCUGUUUAUGUGCUCAAACACUGCAGAUUUAAUGAGGUGGCAUGAAGAAGAGCGCUCAAAAGAUGGAAAAAUGAGACACCCUGCUGAUGGUGAAGCUUGGAAAGACUUUGAUAAAUGUCAUGCUAAUUUUUCUAUUGAGCCUCGCAAUGUAAGACUUGGUCUAGCAAGUGAUGGCUUCAAUCCAUUUAAGACUAUGAGUAUAUCACAUAGUACAUGGCCAGUCAUGAUGGUGGUGUAUAACUUUCCGCCAUGGCUAUGCAUGAAACCCGAAUACACAAUGUUGUCACUACUAAUUCCUGGACCACAAUCACCUGGAAAUGAUAUUGAUGUCUAUUUGCAACCACUAAUUGAGGAACUAAAGCAAUUAUGGGAAAUAGGUGUAGAAACAUAUGAUGCCUCAAGAGAUCAAAAAUUUCAAAUGCAUGCAGCUCUUUUGUGGACGAUUAGUGAUUAUCCUGGGUAUGCUAUGUUGUCAGGUUGGAGCACUAAAGGAAGGUUGGCAUGUUCAUGUUGCAAUUAUGACACUCAUUCGUCAUACUUGAGACACAGCCAUAAGAUGUGUUAUAUGAACCAUCGUGUGUUUUUACCAACAAGUCAUCCAUGGAGGUUGAAUAAGAAGUCAUUCAAUGGAAAGAAAGAACUUGGGUCUGCACCAACUGUGUUAGAAGGUACUGAUAUUGUAGAAAUCUUGAAGGAUUUUAACAAUGAUUUUGGAAAGUAUAGAAAAAAUAAGAAAGAUGGUCCAUGGAAGAAAAGAUCAAUAUUUUUUGAGUUGCCCUACUGGUCACAAAAUACAUUACGUCAUAAUCUUGAUGUAAUGCAUAUUGAGAAAAACAUAUGUGAUAAUAUUAUUGGGACUCUUUUAGACAUUCAAGGCAAGACAAAAGAUCAUGUCAAUGCACGCUAUGAUUUACAAGACAUGGGAAUUAGAAAGAAUCUUCAUCCUUGGGAGCUUGAUGGAGGUCGUGUACAGUUUGCAAAAUCUUGUUUUUCAAUGAAUGCACAUGAAAAGUUAAUUUUUUGUGCUAUUUUAAAGUCCGCCAAAUUACCAGAUGGGAUUGCAUCAAAUAUUUCAAAGUGUGUGAAUGCUAGUGAAAAGAAAAUAAGUGGUUAUAAGAGUCAUGAUGCACAUUUCAUGCUACACUACUUGUUACAAGUUCCAAUAAGAUGCACAAUGCUUGAUGUAGUGGCUGGCCCUUUAAUUCGUUUGGGGUCUUUUUUUCACUCUUUGUGUCAAAAAGUGAUCCAAGUGCAGGAUUUGGAUUACUUAGAAGCCAAUAUUGUAGAAAUACUUUGUCAAAUGGAGACGAUAUUUCCUCCUAGUUUUUUUGACAUAAUGGUUCACUUGCCUAUCCAUCUAGCAAAUGAAGUAAGAUUGGGUGGGCCAGUUCAAUUUCGGUGGAUGUAUCCGAUUGAGAGAUAUUUAUGCAGACUUAAAAGUUAUGUUCGAAACAAGGCUUAUCCUGAGGGUUCUAUUGCCGAGGGGUAUUUGGCAGAAGAAGCUUUGACACUUUGCUCAAGAUAUAUGCAUAAAGACGUAGAUACAAGAUUGAAUAGAAAAAGAAGAAAUUAUGAAGGUAAUGAUUUAUGUGAUGUAGAUGUUUGUGAUUACUUUUCAAAUAGAGGUAGUGCUUUGGGUGGUAAGAAAAAAGGUAAACUAUUCUCUUUGGAUUUGACAUCUAAGGAUCAAGCUCAUCGAUACCUCUUAUUCAACUGUGAUGAAAUAAACAUAUACAUCAGAGAGUAUGAUGAGAUUUUAAAUAGGAAGACAAAAAGAAGAAAGUGGAUCAAAGCUAAAACCCAAAGUCAAGAGUUUAGUGAAUGGUUCAAAGAUAGAGCCAUGAGUGAGGAUGUAUCACUUCAACUUAAGGAAUUCUCUCGUGGUCCAAAUACUGUUGCAAGGAGGUUAUCAGGCUACCUCAUCAAUGGUUACAGAUUUCAUACUACAAAGAGAGAUGCUAGACGCAAAACUCAAAAUUCUGGUGUAACUUUGGUUUCAUUAACACCAAGUUAUGCAAGUUCCAAGGAUGAAAAUCCUAGGAUAGAACCCGUCACUUAUUAUGGGGCAAUCAAUGACAUAAUUGAGUUAGACUAUUAUGGGCAUUUCAAGUUUGUGAUGUUUAAGUGUGAUUGGUUUGAGAGUGAUGCAGACAAAUAUGGGCUUACAUGUGUUUAUUUCAACAAAAAAUGUUACCAAAAUGAUCCCUUUGUGUUGCCUUCUCAAGUCCACCAAUGCUUUUAUGUUGAAGAUCCUUUUGAAACAAGUAAACAUUAUGUUUUGAAGAUGAUUCCAAGAGAUUUAUUUAAUAUGGGUGAUCACUCACAAGUAAAUAAUUCUGAUAAUGAUGAUGAAUUCAAUUGGGUUAGGGAAGACAUGCCUGUAACAGUAGCUGAGAAACCUUCUAAAGAUUUGGAGAAAGAUUAUUCUGAUGAUCUUGAUUUUGAUGAGACUUUGUUUGACUAUAUGGACUAA